AUGAAACUCGCGGGCAUUAGUUUUGCAGAGUUUCCAUCAUGCCUUGUGCUUCUCUAUAUUGCUCUUGCACUUUUCUUUAACCAAGUCUCUUCCACUACCAAUGAAACAGAUAAACUCGCACUUCUCGCAUUUAAGGCUGGUUGCUUGGACUUGUUCGCACUCACAGUUGCACGUAAUGAGCUAACUGGAGAAAUUCCUAGGAAGCUCAGUUCAUUGACGAAGCUCCAGAUUUUCGGGUACAAUUCCACCUUCCUUAUUCAACCUCUCUUCACUAAUUACAUUUUGGGUUGCAAACAACCAGAUACAGGGGACUCUUCCAACAGGAAAUCACCAUCAUUGGGAAAUUUGUAUAAGCUUACUUCGUUUGUAAUGUCUGAAAAUCAACUUGGAAGUGGAAAACCUGAAGACUUGAGCUUCCUUUGCUCAUUAACUAACAACACCAAAUUAGAGGAAGUGGAAAUCAGCUUGAACAAGUUUGGUGGGGUGUUACCUAAAUGCCUAGGUGUUAUCCCCUCAAAUUUGGGGAAUCUACAAAAUCUAAAGGUGUUGCAGUUGAGUCAAAACAACUUCAGAGGGACUAUCCCAUCUUCAUUGGGAAAUCUAACCAAGAUGAUACAAUUAGAUCUUAAUGACAACAACUUUCAUGGGCAAAUUCCUUCACGUCUAUCAAAUUGCCGGUCUCUUAUUGGACUUGAUCUAUCUUAUAAUAAUCUUAGUGGUGCCAUACCCCCACAUCUUAUCGGUCUCUCAUCAUUAGCCAUCCUUUUGUAUUUGUCUCAUAACUAUCUAACUGGGAUUCUACCCACAGAAGUUGGCAACUUGAGAGCUUUGAGCGUGUUGGACAUAUCUAACAAUUUGUUGGUAGGUGAAAUCCCAAAUAGUUUAGGUGAUUGCACUUCGUUGGCAUCAUUGAGGAUGGAAGGCAACUUCUUCCACGGGUCAAUUCCACAAUCAAUCAAAUCGUUAGGAGGCAUCCAAGAACUAGAUCUUUCACGCAACAAUUUGUCAGGUCAGAUUCCAGAAUUCUUAGCAGUAUUUCAAUCCUUAAAACGUCUGAAUCUAUCAUACAAUAAGUUUGAAGGUAUGCUACCAUGUGAAGGAGUCUUUAAGAAUGCUACCAGUACUUCCAUUGUUGGGAACAAUGAGGUUUGUGGCGGAUUGCCCGAAUUUCAUCUCCCCAACUGCAUUUCCAAAAUCCACAAAAGCAGAAAGAUCAAUAUAGUGAUAGUUGUCGCUUCUAUCAUUUAUGGAGUUGUUGGAAUGGCUCUUAUUGUAGUUUUUAUAUAUCGUUGUUGGGUGAAGAAGAAAGUAAAUGAACCAAUUUCAAGUUCAAUGGAUGAUUCACAUUUGAAUGUAUCUUACGGGACACUCUUAGAAGCAACUGAAGGUUUUUCUUCGGCAAAUUUGAUCGGUGUUGGAGGCUUUGGUUCUGUUUAUAGGGGGAUACUCAAGGACAAUGGAAUGGUUGUUGCUGUGAAGGUGCUUCAUUUAGUCCGUCGUGGUGCUCUGAAUAGCUUUAUAGUUGAGUGUGAGGCACUAAAGAACAUCAAACAUCGAAAUCUUUUGAAGAUACUUACAGUUUGCUCUAGUAGUGAUUACCAGGGAAAUGAUUUUAAGGCCCUAGUCUACGAAUUCAUGGACAAUGGAAGCUUGGAACAAUGUUUACACUCAUACGCAACAUCAUCUCAUGGGAAUAUGUUUUCGAAAAAGUUGAAUUUCAUAUGGAGGAUAAAUAUUGCAAUCGAUGUGGCUUCUGCACUAGAUUAUCUUCAUCACCAGUGCCACAUUCCCAUCGUUCAUUGUGAUUUAAAGCCAAGCAAUAUCCUCUUAGAUGCUGAGAUGGUCGCACAUGUUGGUGACUUUGGAUUGGUGAAAUUCCUUCAUGAAUCAUCCCUUGAUACUAUAGAUAAUCAUAUGAGCUCAAUGGGUCUUAGAGGGACAUUGGGUUAUGCUCCACCAGGUUCUCUCUCUCUCUCUCUCUCUCUCUCUCUCUCAUGACAACUCUUAUA